UUUUUCCGAAAAUAUUUCCUUCCGUCCAAAAGGGUUAGACUCCGCCUAGAGCAACUCUCCUUCCGCCAUCGGCGAUGUGGACAUCCCCACCUAGAGCAUCAGUCGUCCUUUCCGCUACCUUUGCUUCGCGGCAUGUCGGAAACUCCCUCAUUUCUAGGGUUAUAAAGAGCUCUUGAUCUCGUUGCACGUCAAACAAAAAUGGCAAUCGAAUGUCUGGUUCUAGGCGCGGGACAAGAGGUGGGCAAGAGCUGCGUGGUGGUCUCGAUUGGUGGCAGGAGGAUUAUGUUUGACUGCGGAAUGCACAUGGGCUACCUUGAUAAACGCCGCUAUCCCGACUUCUCCCGAAUCACUGAGUCUGGAGAUUUCAACUCUGCACUCACUUGCAUCGUAAUCACCCAUUUCCAUUUAGAUCAUGUUGGAGCCCUUCCAUACUUCACCGAAAUCUGUGGGUACAAUGGACCUAUCUACAUGACUUAUCCAACAAAGGCUUUGGCCCCAUUGAUGUUAGAAGAUUAUCGGAAAGUGAUGGUAGAACGAAGGGGAGAGGAGGAGCAAUUUAGCUAUGAUCAUAUUGUGGAUUGUAUGAAGAAAGUAACGGCUGUUGACCUGAAGCAAGUUAUACAAGUUGAUAAAGAUCUCCAGAUCUGUGCUUACUAUGCUGGACAUGUUCUUGGUGCUGCAAUGAUUUAUGCAAAGGUUGGGGUUAAUGGCAUGGUUUAUACUGGAGAUUAUAACAUGACACCUGAUAGACAUGUAGGAGCAGCUCAAAUUGAUCACUUAGAGUUGGACCUUCUUAUAACAGAAUCUACUUAUGCAACAACAAUUCGUGAUUCAAAGUAUGCUCGAGAAAGGGAAUUCUUAAAAGCUGUUCAUAAAUGUGUUGAUGCUGGUGGCAAAGUUCUCAUCCCAACAUUUGCUUUAGGGAGAGCACAGGAACUUUGUUUGUUGUUGGAUGAUUACUGGGAACGCAUGAACUUGAAGGUUCCUAUCUAUUUUUCAGCCGGCCUAACAAUCCAAGCAAAUAUGUACUACAAAAUGCUUAUUGGAUGGACCAGCCAAAAGAUUAAGGAGGCCUAUGGAACUCGCAAUGCAUUUGACUUCAAACAUGUGUGUUCGUUUGAUCGGUCCCUUGUCAAUGCGCCUGGACCUUGCAUUCUUUUUGCAACCCCUGGGAUGAUUAGUGGCGGAUUUUCUCUUGAGGUUUUCAAGCAAUGGGCUCCAUCUGAAAAUAACCUUGUUACGCUGCCUGGCUAUUGUGUCGCUGGAACCGUUGGGCAUAAACUUAUGUCCGGAAAACCUGCUCGGAUUGAUCUGGACAAAGAUACUUCCAUUGAUGUCCGUUGCCAGAUCCAUCAAAUGUCUUUCAGCCCACAUACAGACGCAAAAGGCAUCAUGGAUCUAAUUAGUUUCUUAUCUCCAAAACAUGUCGUGCUUGUACAUGGAGAGAAGCCUAAGAUGGCAAUAUUGAAGGGAAGAAUAGAGUCCGAACUUAAAAUUCCUUGUUUUUUUCCAGCAAACAAUGAGACUCUGUCCAUUCCUGCCACACAAACUAUAAAAGUAGAUAUUACAAAAUCAUACUUGACAAAUUAUUGUAUUACAAACCGUAACCGUUCAAAAGACGAAUCACCUUAUCUUCCAGAUUCUACCACCAGUCACGACGAUAUCUCAGAAAUUUUCAGCAACGAACGAACGGCCGAGGGCAUUCUUAUGAUGGAAAAGAACAAGAUUGCAAAGAUUGUUUACAAAAACGACCUUCUUCACGCAUUAGAUGCAAACGAGCACAUCGUUCAGCUGGCUUUCUGCUGCCCAGUCAAAGUAAAGAACAGCCCGAAACCAGUAGACUGCUUGAAUGGCAGAAUCGAACCUCCCUCGUUAUUGGAGUUACUAUUGAGAGAACUUAAAAUAAAAAUUAAUUGCAGCUUUUUGCAGAAAGACUUGGAGCAUCUCCAGUUGAAAUCAUUUCAAUCACGGAUUUGUUUGAACAAACUUUGUUCUUACAGGAUUGAGCAGGAGGGGAGGGACUGUAAAACUGAAACUUUCUUCUGCUGUAGCUGGUCAUUCAGGGAUGAUAAUCUGGCCAGGAAAAUUCUUAAUGUCAUGAGAGAAGUGGAGUUAGAUAUGUCCAAUUUAGCACUUCCAAGUGCCGGAUCAAGUGAAUAAAUAUAUGGAAUGUUGACAUGAUAACAUCCGAAGAUGUUUGAAGUUUAGGUGUUAUUAUUUUUGUUGAAAAUGGAAUAUUUUUCUUGUUUGAAUAUGUGCUGACAGAAACUAUACUCUCCUGUAUGCUCACCUAUGUUAAUACACAUUUAUAUAAAGAAGC